AAAAUACAUACAACCGGAUUGAAGUGUAAAUUAGAAUUAAGAGGGUUGCAUCUUUGUAAGAGAACUGGGGUUGUGCUAAUCCUUUGGGCCGGCUCAGGAUGGACAAAGCAAACAGCUCUAGGACAGAGGAGAGACCCAAAUGGGACAACAAGGUGCAGUACCUGCUAACAUGUAUUGGCUUUGCAGUGGGACUUGGAAAUGUGUGGCGUUUUCCCUACCUAUGCCAAAUUUAUGGAGGAGGUGCAUUCCUCAUCCCUUACCUGAUAGCUUUAGUGUUUGAGGGCCUCCCCCUGCUCUACCUGGAGCUGGCUAUAGGACAGAGACUCCGCAUGGGCAGCAUAGGUGUCUGGAACUCCAUCUCACCACUGCUGGGUGGGCUCGGCAUUGCUUCUAUGGUGGUGUCAUUCCUGGUGGGUAUUUUCUACAACACCAUCCUGGCCUGGGUGCUCUGGUACUUCUUUCAUUCCUUCCAAAACCCUCUGCCGUGGAGCCAGUGUCCACUUAAUGACAAUCACACAGGCUAUAAUGUCGAGUGUGAGAAGAGCACCCCAGUCAAUUACUUCUGGUACCGUGAGACCCUGAAUAUCACACCUGACAUCGACACCAGCGGCUCCCUGCAGUGGUGGAUGGUGAUCUGUCUGGCCAGCGCCUGGUGCAUAGUCUACAUAUGUUUCAUCAAAGGCAUCGAGUCCAUGGGAAAGGCUGUGUAUGUGACAGCCACUUUCCCUUACCUGGUGCUCACCAUCUUCCUGAUUCGUGCCCUCACUCUGCCUGGAGCUACUGAUGGACUGCUGUACCUCUUCUCUCCUGAUUGGGAGAUACUGAUGAACCCUCAGGUGUGGCUGGACGCUGCCACCCAGAUCUUCUUCUCUCUCUCUGUGGCCUUUGGAGGUCUCAUAGCUUUCUCCAGCUAUAAUUCAGAGAGAAACAACUGUGAGAGAGAUGCUGUUCUAGUAGGCAUAAUAAACAGUGCCACAUCUCUGUACGCCUCCAUAUCCAUCUUCUCCAUCCUGGGAUUUAAAGCUACCACUCUCUACAACGCCUGCCUACAAGAAAACAUCUUGGCUCUGACCAACCACUUUCAGAUUCCAGACCAGAACAUAACAGUGGAGAGCUACGAGCACUCGUUCACAUAUCUAAAUCAGACAUAUCCUAGUGAGGUGGCCAACUUGCACCUGAGGGUUUGUGACCUAAAUACAUUCCUUGACCAGAGCGCCUCAGGUACGGGCCUAGCCUUUAUUGUGUUCACUGAGGCAGUGAUAGAGAUGCCAGGCUCGCAGGUUUGGGCCAUACUGUUCUUCGUUAUGCUCUUCAGCUUGGGCCUCUCCUCCAUGUUUGGCAACUUAGAGGGAGUGCUCACCCCCAUCAAUGACCUCAAACUGGUGCCUAAGUGGAUCCCUCAUGAGCUUGUAACAGGAGUCGUCUGCUUGAUAUGCUUCCUGACGGCUCUCAUCUUCACCCUGGGUUCGGGGAACUACUGGGUGGAGGUCUUUAACAGCUACGUGGGCUCUGUGCCUCUGCUCAUCAUUGCAUUCUUUGAGAUUAUUGGGGUCAUUUAUGUCCGUGGAAUGAAAACUUUCAGUGAGGACAUCUAUUUCAUGACUGGGAAGAGGCCCAACAUCUUUUGGAAGGCGUGCUGGAUGGUGAUCAGUCCUUUAAUGCUCCUGGUGGUGCUGGUUGCCUAUGUGGUCAUCCAGGCGCAAAAACAUCCCACCUAUCCUACAUGGAACCCACUUUAUGAACUAUUCCCCCAAACUGAAGUGAAGCCAUACCCGGACUGGGUCUUUGCCAUCAUCAUCAUCCUCUCUGCAGUCCCUGUGCUUUCCCUCCCUCUGGUGGCCAUCUACAAACUGAUCUGCUGUAUGCGCAAGAGGUCGUCUCCUCCCGCUGAACUGAACCCCUACUUCAACGACGGCUUUGAGGUUGAAACUCAGGAACAGAGGAACCAGAGAGCUUAGAAAACAGAGCGACUUCCUGAUGGAUAUUACCACUUCUGUGGACCUUUCCUCU